AUGGCUUUUCCCAACCGCCUCUUCGCCCGUUCAACAUGGCGCCUGAUCGGCCUCGGGCUGACAACGACCGUCUUCUCCCUGGGAGCACUGUGCUUCGUCAAACCAUCCACCGCUGCCGAGGCUCUCGGGGUCAUACCAACCACCCCCGAAGGUCGCGAGAUCGCCAACAAAGCAAUGAUAUUCCUCGGUAUACGUGACUUGGCUGUGGCUGCGGCCAUGUUUUGGUUUUCUCAUCAAGGAAAGGACAAGGAGUUGGGCGGUCUGCUGACGGCAUGGACUGCUGUUUGUGUGGUUGAUACUUUGGUUACGAUUCAGGGGCCAAAGGGAUGGGAUAAUGGGGUUUGGGGAUUGUGGGGAGGGGCGGCGGUGGUGAUGUUUGGCGGGCUGGGGCUACUGCAGGACUCAACAACGUCGCCGCCAUCAACGUUGUCUGGGGGAACGGAUCCCGUCGGCGGCGAGGUCUGCGAUAACUCCCAUGCGCUGGGCCCCGGGGGCGGGAGCGCGCAUGCGACUGCAAUUGAUGAGGCCAAGGAGAUGCGGAUUGGCGAGUCGGGGUGUGAGUGGGUUGAGGAUUGA